CUUCUGGAACAGAAAGGACUUCCUUGAACGGACUUGAGGCUUUUUGCUUUUGAGCAGCAGUGACGAAAUCUGGUUUUGCAUGGGUGUAUAUCAGGAAACUGGCAAGCCUCCUCCUCCUAAUGUCACCCCGAAGAUGGCCAGGGAUCGCGCCGGGUCGGACUACUCAGGCCACAUGAGCGAUACCACCACGUGCAGCUGCGUCGCGAGCUCUAUCGACAAAUGCUCGUUGCGCGGCUGCGGCAUGUUCCAAGAGCCGUUCUUCCUGCAUCCGCCGGGCUCUCGACCUCGGGACGGUAUCUACAUAAAUCCUAUGAGUGCAUACAUCGGCGAACCGCCUAAACCUAAGGACACAACCGAGUCCUUCUACCUGCAUAGCCCGCAUGAUCUAGUUUACACAAGGAUUACGCGGCUGUUUGGCGACGCCGAGAAGUCGCGAAACGGCGUCGCGGCGGAUCAGCGCCAUAUGCCGGAGAGGAAAGACGAGACUCUGACUGUGAAAGUGGACGUGCACAUCAACAACGGCGGAUUCGUCGGCCGGCCGCAUCCCGGCAACGGACAUGCGGCGCGCUCCGAGAUCGCGAGGGAGUCCUCGGAUCAUGCUUACGAGCAGAUCUGCGUGAGGCAGGAAGAAACGAGCAGCGUGAGCUCGUCAUCGCGGAAAAAGCCAGUGGACAAUACCUCCGACAGCAGUCGUUCUCGAAAAACCGACAGGCGAUACAGCCGAUCCAGCAGCGCCAGCGAAUCCUCGAACAUGAGCAGCGAGGUCCAUGGCCUCUCCUCGACGACGUCCACCCCAUCCUUAUCACGACACAGUAGCAGCGAACGGAUCAGCAAGUCGGGGAUUAAAACAAACGCGGAAACGCUACACGAGAGGAAGGAUUCGUCCAGCGCGCAAGUGGAAAGUGAAAAGGAGAUCCGUACAAAUGGCAACGGCGGACCUAGUCUCUCGAAACCACCGCCACCGCCACCGCCACCGCCGCCGGAUGACGACGUGGUAGUCGUCCUGGUGAACGCAAAGCAGAACGCAGAUGCUGACAAAAAAGAUGCGCGAGGAAGCGGCCAGGACGGAAGGACCGAGUCCGCGACCAACAAGUCCGACACAUCAUCCUCCGGCGAGCAUCCGCAACAGCCGGAAGUGCCGGCUCCCGCCAGUGCGCCGGUGGACGCGGACGAAAUUAAAGCGAGUCAGACGUCCCACCUGGUAAACAGGCACAUGGUAUUGCCGUUCAUACCGCCAAAGUUCGCCAACGCGGACUCCAACACCCUGCUCAAGCCAUCCGAGUACCUGAAAAGUAUUUGCAAGGUGUCGACUAAAAACAGUCUGUCGAAAGCGAGGUCAGUGGACAACUUGGACAUCCAGAGCCGGAAUACGGAGCAGGGUGAAGAGGAGGAGGCGGACGAAGAGGAGGGGGCGCCAAGGAGCAACGAGGAGAUCAAAGGAUCUCCUACGGGCCCCCCGCCGCCACCUCUGUCUCCUCUGCAACAACGAGCACGAGGAGGAAAUCAGGUCCCGGGUGCCACCAGCACUGGUAACGAGACCGAAAGCUGCAAGAGCUCCCCGCAACAACCCUUAGCCACAAUCAGCAUCCAGGACCUCACGAGUAUCCAGCUACGACGGACUAGCACGAAGAUGAACGCCACCAAGACAUUCUCCGCUCCGCCUCCUCGCAGCGUGUCCAUGACUAACGUCUCGGAGCCGUUCUUCGUGCAGAAGACAGACCUAAUUGCCGAAUUGAAGCGCACGAAGGAUAUACCCGGAAUCAAAAAGCUAAAGGUGGAGAGGGCACAGGUAGAGAAGACUCAAGAGCAGAAUCUCAUGUCGGAAAUUAGCAAAGCGUUCAACGUUACGAAUUUUGUUGAUCAAAUCCCCGAGAAGGACAGCUCAGGAAAUGUAAUACCAAUCUGGAAGCGACAGAUGCUAGCUCGAAAAGCAGCUGAACGUGCGAAAAAAGAGCUCGAGGAGCAAAUAGCGCGAGAGAACGAGGAGAGGCGCCAGAAGGCAAUUCCGCCAUGGAAGCGACAGCUUCUCGCUAAGAAGGACACCGAGGAAAAGAGACUGAAUCAGACGCAGGUAUCCGCAUCGACGAGCACAUCGAAAUUUGAGGCAACGUCGGCAAACCCGAAGAGGGACGCCUCGCCGGCGGCGACGCAGGCGUCGUGCGUCAUCAAGAAGGAAGAAAAAUCCGAGGUCGAGGAGAAACGGGACGAUCCUGUCAAGGACGAUUCUGAUGAUGGUCAGAUUAUACCCUGGCGAGCGCAAUUAAGGAAGACCAACAGCAAACUUAAUAUCCUCGAUUAAUCACUGCGCACCAUUGCUUUAUCUGUUUGUCGAAAGAGACGCGUUAUAUAAGUAUCGUGUUUAAUCGUUAAACGCGUGGGAUUACGUACCAUAAAAUCUUUCCGAACUUAACGAAACUUACGCAACACGGAAAAAUGCGAGGAAAACAUAUCUCGCUAGUUGAGAUAAUAAACGACCAUAUAAGAUAACUCAUGGAAUUAUACAGUGCGAAGCGUGUUCAAUAUUCUCUAAAAGUUAUAUGUACUGAUGCUCUAAAAAAGUAAAAAAAAUAUUUUUAUAUGUUUCAUAGAAUGUCCUCGCAAACCUUCAUAAUUAACAUUGUAAUAUACAUAUAUACAUCUUGUUCUUUAUUUUUACGGAAACUAUCCUGGAGCAAAGUGGAAUUUAAUGGUUAUUUCAAGGUUGCAGGAAUUCAGAAAAAUAGAAAACUCAAAGGUAACUCGUCCGCUUUUUCUCAAAUA